GCGUGUUUGUAAGUAAUCAGCGCAAUUAAUAGUGUGAGUUUGUAUGUAAUCUUGAUUUAAUAAUGACGACGCAAUGUCGAUUAAGUCAUAUUAUGUCGAAUUAUUGAAAAAGAUUAAAAAUUUUAUGGUUUGUUAAUAUAAACAAAUAUUUUUACUUAUAAAGUUUUAACAUUUUACAUGUUAAAUAUUUGAGCUCUUUAAAUAAUUACAUUUGCUCACUGAAACAUAAUGGUGUUUCAAGAAGUCGCCAGAUUAAACUCUGUAGUUCAUGGCAGAAGGUUUCCAUUGAUUCAGCGCAUUAAAAUUGAUAUGCGGUUAAUAUUUGACAAGUCUGUGAGAGCCGUACAACCAGAUAAUUUACUGAGAAAUGCCAUUCAUGUAAAAGGAAACAAAUUAGUUGUGAGUGAUACACAGUAUCAACUAAAUAAGAACGUCUAUUUGGUUGGAUUUGGAAAAGCAGCUUUGGGUAUGGCAUGUGAAGCAGAGAGAAUAUUAGGAAAUCAUUUGUGUUCUGGAAUUAUUAGUGUACCAGAAGGUAUUCAGGAAACUAUGAAGAAGAAUCCUAACAUGCAACCUAAGUCUGCCAGUACUUUGGAAGUCAUAGAAGGAGCAAAGAAUAAUUUACCAGAUCAGAAUGCUGAGGAAGCUGCAAGGAGAAUUAAACAACUAGUUCAGAAUUUAGGUAGCAAUGCUCUCCUAAUAGCCUUAAUAUCAGGUGGCGGAUCUUCCCUGUUACCUCUUCCAGUGCCACCGAUCACACUAGAAGAGAAGUGUCAAAUGGUAAAGCUUUUGACUGCUGCUGGAGCUAACAUAAUUGAAUUAAAUUCUGUUCGGAAAAAGCUUUCUCUUUUGAAAGGGGGAGGACUUGCGCAGUUAGCUUACCCUGCCCAAGUACUGGCUUUGAUUAUCUCUGAUAUUGUUGGAGAUCCACUGGAUUUAAUUGCUAGUGGACCCACAGUUGUAAACAAUGAUGCACCUGAUGUUGCACUUAACAUCAUAAGAAAGUACUCCCUGCUUGACAAAGCGCCAGCUUCCAUACACACUUGCCUAAGCACUAUGAGCAGUAAUAUAACAAGUCAGCAUGAAGAAUUGGAAAAUUCAAAAAUAUUUUCUCAUGUUCAUAAUUUACUGAUAGGAUCCAAUUUGACUGCAGUAACAGCUGCAGCAGAAGCAGCCACCAGUAAUAAUUAUAACAGUGUAAUAUUAUCUUCUGGGAUUGAAGGGCUCGUAGCAGAUAUGGGAAGAAUGUAUGCCACACUGGCAACUACAAUUUGCAAAAUGUUAUGUAACAAAUCUACACCCAAUGAAAUACAUGAAGUUUUUUGCUACAUGAAACAAUUGUACAGCAUCUGUGAUAAUUCAGAGAGAGAGUUGCUGUGUGCUGUGAAAAGUAUGAAAAAUAAAAGAGGAAUAUGUUUGAUAGCUGGUGGAGAAAGUACAGUCAUUGUUAAAGGUGGUGGUUUAGGAGGAAGGAAUCAAGAAUUGGCAAUGAUCUUUGCCAGACAUAUGAAUGAAAAUUCAAAAUCAUUUCCAUUCUUGGAACAGUUUCAUGCUGUUCUUUUAAGUGCAGGUACUGAUGGAAUAGAUGGCCCAACUAAUGCAGCUGGAGCUUUUGGUUAUAGAGAGCAACUUAAUGCAGCUACAGAACAAAAUCUAAAACCAGAUGAAUAUGAAAGUAACAAUGAUUCAUAUAACUUUUAUUUAAAACUGAAUGGUGGUGAAGAUUUAAUAGUUAUUGGACAUACAGGAACUAAUGUAAUGGAUCUGCAUGUCUUGAUUAUUGAACCAAUUGAAAACAACUGGUAAUUUUUCAUCCUGUAAUAAGCAGUUCAUUUAAUUUUGCCCUCCUACAUUCAUAAAACUUCAGAUAUCUAUAUUGAGAAGUUGGUCACGUGGGAAAACAGUAUGGAGUUAAUAUGUUUUUCAAUUGUCCAGAAUUAAGAUUAGAACUCAGUUUUAUAUUUCUGAAGUUUUAGUUCAUAUGAAGGUGGUCAUGCCAUACCUCAGGUGGUUAGGCGCUGGUUUCUUAUGCCAGAACAUUGUGUUUAAUCUCAUGUGUCACAGUGGCUGUAGUAGCAUUGGAGCAGGAUUUUCUCCAAGUUUCUUAAGCUUCCUGUACUAAUCAUUGUACCAUAGUUUCAUAGUCAUCUGUCAAUACCCCCUGAGGCAGCACAUUAUCAUAUAUUUAGCCCAUAAGUGUGGGGUUUCAACUCUCACCCAGAACAUGGGUCUGAAAGGACUUAUUCUUACUAGGAUUUUGUGUUUUUUUUUUUAACCAUUGUUCCAUAUAAUCCAUAUUACCUGUCAUGUUUCCCAAAACUUUCUUUCCACAAUAUAGCAGUGCCAUCCUGUUUUUCUGAUCCCAGUGUAAUAGUGAUAAUUUGUUUUAUUUAAACAGUU